CGCAAUAACGCAUUGCUUUUCAGCACACACAUACCCCCCCCCUCACACACCCACGCGCUCAUAACUUGUUCGCCCCUUACUUUAUCCCUCUCUUUAUCUUUCACGUUUUUUUGUUUUGUUUUGCUUAGCGUGCGUGUUUGUAAAACUUGCUAUCAAUUCAACCAGCCAACAAGGAGCCGUUUGAAUUCCCCCUCUUUUGUUUUAUUAGAACACUUUCACUACCCGCGCUAACUCCUGCCGUCAACACCCUUACAAAAAAUACCUAACUUAACUAUGGCAUCGCCAUCGCACGAGAGGCUGGUGCAAGCGAAAGCAGUAAAAUCGGCGACGCUUCACCGAAAACUGCCAACCCUCCAACACGCAUACUUAUGGCCAUUCACGCUGGUGUACGCCGGCUGGCUAUACAUCUACACCAUGCGCUACAACGAUUUCCUGGGCUCGCAGGAGUUUACCGCUCUGUCUCUGAUCAUCAUGUUCAUGUUGCAGGCGCUGGUGUUCCUGAUGUGCCAGUGGAGCGUUAAUCUUCGGGCAAAGUUUACCUGUCAGAGCAUCGAGGAUCCCUAUGAGGCCGAGCUGAUCAAGGUCAUUACCGCGGAUCACCUUGGGAAGAGCGCCAUAUGCCCGAUUGUCCUUGGCAUCAACGUUCAUGACGAGACCCGCCCCCAACUGUCGUUCACCUUCCAGGCGCUAAAGUACAUUUAUGAUGACGACAAGAAAACUUUUAGCCCCGUUACAUAUCCGUCGGAGAGCUGCCCACCGCUGGGCGAGCUGCAAAACUCGAAUGGCCUGUCGAACGAAGUGACCAUCAAGGAGGCGCUCGAGGUCUAUGGGGAGAACCGAUUCUCUGUCCCUGUCCCGACCUUCAUCGAUCUGUUCAAGGAGCAUGCCGUCGCGCCCUUCUUUGUGUUCCAAGUCUUCUGCGUCGGCCUGUGGUGCAUGGACGAGUACUGGUACUACUCGAUCUUUACGCUUGUCAUGCUGAUUGUGUUCGAGUCCACGCUGGUCUUUCAGCGCCUGCGCACACUCAAUGAGUUCCGCUCGCUCUCCAUGCAGCCGUACAAGCUCCAGGCCCUGCGCAACGCGCAGUGGGUAGAGGUCGGCACCGAGAUGCUGUGCCCUGGCGACAUAAUAUCGGUCGUGCGCUCAGCUGAGGACAGUGGCGUGCCCUGCGACGUCAUUCUGCUUGAGGGCACCUGCAUUGUUAACGAGGCCAUGCUUUCGGGAGAGUCAACCCCGCAGCUCAAGGAGUCCAUCCAGCUGCGCAGCCCGACGGACAAUCUCGACAUGGAGGGCGCGGAUAAGAACAGCAUGCUUUUUGGCGGAACCAAGGUGCUCCAGGUCGAGGCCCCGCAUGCAUCGAGCAAGAUCGUGACUCCCGACGGCGGCUGCGCCUGCUACGUUCUGCGCACCGGCUUUGGAACCGCACAGGGCGAGCUCGUGCGCACGAUGAUCCACAGCACCGACCGCGUGUCCGCGGAUAACAAGGAGUCCUACAUAUUCAUUGGCUUCCUGCUGAUCUUUGCCAUCCUGGCCUCGGCCUACGUGUGGGUCCACGGUAGCAAGGACUCUCGGCGCCCCAAGUCCAAGGUGCUCCUUGACUGCAUCCUUAUCAUCACGUCGGUCGUACCCCCAGAACUGCCCAUGGAACUCUCGAUGGCCGUCAACUCAUCGCUCAUGGCGCUCUCCAAGCUGGCCAUCUUCUGCACAGAGCCCUUCCGCAUCCCGCACGCCGGCAAGAUCGACAUCUGCUGCUUCGACAAGACCGGCACGCUCACCGGCGAGGACCUCCUUGUCGAGGGCGUGGCUGGCGCCCCCGGGACCACCGACCCGAGCAAGCUUGACAACACCCACACGAUUGGCCGCGACUCCGCACUGACCCUGGCCAGCGCCCACGCCCUCGUCCAGCUCGAGGAUGGCGAGCUUGUCGGCGACCCCAUGGAGCGCACGCAGCUGGAUGCUGUCGGCUUCAAGCUGGUCACAAGCGACAUUAUUGUCCCCGACGUCUCGUCUGCCGAGUUUGUCAGCAAGAUCGGCCUCAACGCCGACACGCUCAAGAUCACCGUCAGCCGGCGGUUCCCUUUCUCGUCGGUGCUCAAGCGUAGUGCCACGCUCAGCGUUGUCAGCGGGCUGCCCUCGGGCAGCGCCAAUCGCGGCCAGCACGACUACUUUGUCGCCGCCAAGGGCGCACCAGAGACGCUGCGCGGCAUGCUGCGCUCGGUCCCCGCAUGGUACGACGAGACAUACAAGGCGUUUAGUCGCCGUGGUGGCCGCGUACUCACCCUCGGAUGCAAGUGGAUGCCGCGCAACGCCGCCUUUACCAGUCAGGAGCUCAAUGACUUGUCGCGCGACGAGAUCGAGUCCAACCUGGAGUUCCAGGGCUUCCUGGUGUUCAGCUGCCCGCUCAAGCCCGACUCGGCCGACGCUAUCAAGAUGCUCAACGAGUCGUCGCACCGCUGCGUGAUGAUCACCGGCGACAGUCCCCUGACUGCGUCGCAUGUGGCGCGCGAAGUCGGAAUCGUCGACCGCGGCGUGCUUGUGUUUGACGCUCCGUCUGUUGCCGAGGCCAAGGAGAGCGGCGACGAGCGCGUGGUCGUCUGCACGUCGAUCGACGAAAAGGUGACCUUCGAGGUUGACCCCAGCGACGCGCCCCGCAUGCAGCGCGCCAUGGAUGGCUGGGACCUCUGCCUGACUGGCGCUGCCCUGGACGUCCUGGGCACCACGCCGCUGUGGAAGGACUAUCUGAUGCACCACGCGUGGAUCUACGCCCGCGUGAGCCCUGCACAGAAGGAGUUCAUCCUGACCGAGUACAAGCUUGCUGAUUACAUCACGCUCAUGUGCGGUGACGGCACCAAUGACGUCGGCGCGCUGAAGCAGGCCCACGUGGGUGUUGCCCUGCUGAAUGGCAGCGUCGAAGACCUGCAGGCCAUCGCGCAGCGCCAGAUGAUCCAGCGCCUGAAGCAGGCCUACGACGCGCAGUGCAAGAUCGCCAAGCGCUUCAACCACCCGCCGCCCAACCCUCCGCCGAUGCUCAAGCGGCACAUGGAGAACCUCGCGGCAAAGGAGAAGGAGCGCGAGAAGGAUCAGAAGGAGGAGCACAAGCGUAUUCUGGCUGCCGGCGGAUCUGUAUCACAGAGCGCCAUUGAGGAGGACAAGAAGCGUGCGGAUGCCGCGAAGAAGGCGCAGCAACUGACGCGCGAGACCGACUCGCAGCGGGCCACGGGCAACCCGCAGGCCGAAGACCUGCACUCCAAGAUGACUGAGUGGAUGAUGCAGAUGGACACGAUGGAGGACGAUGUGCCGGUGCUCAAGUUCGGCGAUGCCUCGGUUGCGGCGCCGUUCACAUCGAAGCUGGGAAGCAUCAAUGCCAUCUGCAACAUUGUUCGCCAGGGCCGUAGCACCCUGGUGGCCACGACGCAAAUGUACAAGAUCCUCGGGCUGACCUGCCUCAUCUCGGCUUACAGCAUGAGCGUGCUGUACCUCGAGGGCAUCAAGUUUGGCGACUGGCAAGCAACCAUCAUGGGCGCGCUCAUGUCGGUGUGCUUCCUGUGUAUCUCAAAGUCGUCUCCGCUCGAGAAGCUCUCCAAGGAACGUCCCCAACGCAACAUCCUGUCGCUCUACAUGCUGCUGACGGUCCUCGGCCAGUUUGCUGUCCACGUGUUCGCGCUGAUCUACCUGACCCUGGAGGUGCGCAAGCACGAGCCCUCGGGCGAGGUCGAUGUCGAGAGAAAGUUCGAGCCCAGCCUUUUGAACACCGCCAUGUACCUGAUUUCGCUCUCGCAGCAGGUGUCGACGUUCGUCAUCAACUACCAGGGACACCCAUUCCGCGAGGCGCUCAAGGACAACAAGGUGCUCUACCGCGGUAUCGUCGGUGUCGCGGCCAUCGCCGUUGUGUGCGCGACCGAGACCAUUCCCGACUUCAACGAGUACCUCAAGCUUGUGCCCAUGCCCGACAGCUUCCGCGAUGUCGUGUGCAUGGUCAUGGCCGCCGACUUUGCUCUCGCUUAUGUUGUUGAGAAGGUGUGCCUGGCUAUGUUUGCUGACUACUCGGCCAAGCCCAUUGCGUGGCGCGAGCCUGUGGAGAAGACCGUGCAGAUGCCGAACUAUAAGGCGCUGUCAUCGACGAUCGAGUCGUCCAAGGAGGCAAAGAAGCCAAAGAAGGCAAAGUAGGCUGAAUUGCCCGAUGAAUGAAUCUUUUUUCGAUAGAGUUUAUAAAUAGAAAUUUUA